GUACUGCCAGGUGAACGUGCCCGACGAGUUGUUGCGAGACCUGCUUCCAGGACCCGUGACCUUGGUCUUGCAACGUUCAGAAGAGCUAAAUAAAGACUUGAAUCCUUUCACAUCGCUGGUUGGUGUUCGCAUUCCAAACCACCCUUUUAUUCGGGAGUUGGCACGAGCUUGCUCUGGACCACUGGCUUUAACGAGCGCCAACAUCAGCUGUCAGGCGAGCACGCUGACGGUGUCGGAAUUCCAAGACCUGUGGCCUCAGUUGUCCUUAAUCAUCGAUGGAGGCCCAAUAGGGGACGUCCAGAGCCCAGAGUGUCGUUUGGGGUCAACUGUGGUUGACUUAUCGGUGUCGGGGAAAUUCACCAUCAUUCGUCCUGGCUGUGCGCUGGCAUCUACAGUUGAAAUCCUGAGGCAGAAGUAUGGCUUGGUACCAGAAUCGUCUUAA